AUGCUCUCUGAGGGAGAUGAGCCAGAGCUACACAUUGAAUAAGAUUCAAGGUUAUGUACUUUCUCAAAAAACGCGGGCUCACUAAAUAAUAAUAUUAUCGAUAGAUAUGAGGCUGAUACUGAAAAUAAUCAGCUCAUAAGUCAGACUGAUAGGAUUCCGAAAUCUUAAUAAUAAACCACUCUUGAGACAGACUUUAAUCAGCAAGACGAAGAAGUUGAAGAGGAGCAAGAGAAUGAAAAUGAUGAGAAUGAUGAGGAUUACUUGGACAUUUUCAACCACGGGCCAAAAGAUAGAAGCAUAAUCAUAAAUACUAAUAAAAAAAGGAAAAAUAGGAAAACAUCAUUCAGAUUAACAAAACCAAAGGGUAGCUAAAAGUAAAGGAAAAAAACGUACCAGUAUAGUAAUAGCACAGCAAACUAGCUAUAUUAUCGAUAGAGUCUAAGCCAACCUAGUCCUACACUCAUACUGAACACCUAAGAUAAUUAAUAAAAAGAUUCAGAUUGUAGAACCACCAUUUUCGAGUCUCAAACAACAAGUAAUGUAAAACUCGAAGACCACGAGGAACUUAAAAAGACUACUCAUGAACUUAUCACAGCUACUUAUCAAUAUAGAGAACAUUCCCUCGAUAAAAUUUAGUAAAGUCUCUUGAGUAUUUACAAAGGAAGAUUACUAUUGAUAAGCCUUGAUUAAAAUAACUAGGUUCAAUAGAUAUACAGAUUGUUAAAGGGAGAUUACUUUAAAUGUGAAUAGUUUGCAUUGAUAAGGGUCUUAACUGAGGUGCCAAGAUUUUUUUAAAUAGGAUGGUCGAAGAAAUACAGAAUAAGGGAAAUUACAGGACUUAGAAUCACAGGAUUAAGAGAUGAACAUAAUCUUGAGGAGCUAGAGGGAGAAACUUGCGUCGUGGGAAGAUUGAAAUCUUCAAGAUUAAGCUAUACUUUUCAGGUUAGGUAAAACUAGGUGUUCAUUAUUGGUGGAUAUGAGGAAUACAAACGAAAAUUUACUAAAAAGAUUGAAGUAAUUACAGCAGAUUAAGCCAAAGGGUCGCCUCUCAAAAUCACAGAUGAUUUUCCUGAAUUAAAAGUAGGGAGAAUCUGCCCCUCAAGUAUAAUUUUGGGCGAUAGGUACUUAUAUGUGAUGUUUGGAAAAGCAAAAAAGGGAAGAGGCGAGAUGUUUUAAACUGAUAUUGAACAAUUAGACCUUCAUAGAGUCGGGUUAGGUGCAUAAUUUAAUACGAUUAAGAUUUAAAGUAACAUGAGCAUAAUCAUUUAAUUCUUUAACGCUAUCGCCCUCGACUAUCACUAGAAUUCUCAAGAUAUCUUAUUAGUUGGUGGACUUCAAAGUAUUAAAGAUAACAUUAACUUGCCUUAAUGCUAUAAAGUGACAAUAAAUAUGUAAGGAAAUAACAGCAAGGGUAUUGCAUAUAUCGAGAAAGUCAAAAUGGGCUAGAAAAGCUACCAAUAAAUGGAGUCAUUCUAGUCUAAUAUGCAAAACUUUAUGAAGAUUUAGGAUACUGGACGCACCUCUCUGAUAAAUAAUGAUGGAACGAUGUUCAGAAUGAGCUAAAAUUCGGAAGGCCGCAUGGUCUUUGAUCUAACGGAUAGAAUUAAAAAUUAUAUUGAUUAGUUAACUGUAUGA